UGGUAGUAUCUACAUGGAGAUCGCAUAUUCUAAAAGCUAAAAAAUACGCUGGAAGUGCAAGUUGAUCAUUGUGCUCACAGCACAAAAAUUAGUAAUACAAAAACUUACCACGGUCCACAGUCCACAAUAAUUAUACUAUACAUACCUUGCUGCCUGGCCAAGACACUACUUGAUCGAUUCAAAAGUUAGCCAACCACCAUAGGCUGAACCCACCAUUAGCAUAAGAUAUUGUUUGGGUCGGAGACUUCCAUACGCAUUCAAACUCCGACUGAACAAGGCAGUUGUCCCGCUGAGUCCGUUGCGCCGUUAACGCCAGCCGGCGCGACCAGAGGAUGAAUAAUCUCCUCAGGACACUCACCGAGAGCCAGGUCAAGCCCUCGUCUGACCUUAGGCUACUUCUGAGUGCUGUCAAGGACGCACGCCGUCAAAGCUUCGAUGCCAAGGUAUCCGAACCAUUCUAUGAUUCCCUCGAGGGACUGCUUCAUGAUCUGCGUACAGUGACUAUGGAUAAUCAUGACGCGGAGGCAUUCCUUAAGCCAGUCGCAAAAUCUGACGUUCCCGACUACUACGAUGUGAUCGUAAACCCCAUGGACCUUCAAACCAUGCUCAAGAAGGUCAAAUCAAAGCAGUACAAGUCCAAGCGCGAGUUUGCAGAUGAUCUAGAUCUGAUAUGGUCAAACUGUUUCACCUACAAUGCGACUGAGGUAUGUAUCACCGUCGUGAAAACGCGUGGUGAGGCCCACUGUGCCGCGCAGGACCACCCCCUCCGUCAGUGCGCAAUGCGCCUCAAGAAGAAAGCCGAUAGACUACUGAAGAAUAUCACUGACCGCAAAGAACGAAUCGACCCUCCCCUACCUGCUGCUCUAUCCCAGCCUCCAAAUUCCGCUUCUCCCGUCGCCAUGAGACCUAACGCAACGGCACGGCCCAAGAUUAACGGCACGGCAUACACACACAGACGAUCUCCGUCAUUGACAGUACCACAAUCUUCAAAGCAACGUAUGGAUCUCCCCUUUGCCGAUUCCCCUGCGCUUGAACGUACGCCGCACGGUAUGGCUGCGUUCCGUGCACUUGAGUCAGAAGCUGGUCCAUCAAGCAUCCCCAAUGGGUACAGUUCAUCUGCUUCUACAAACGAUUAUGACAGCGAAGUAGACGAAGCAUUAAUGUCAAUAGAUAACGACUUGGGGGAGAAACGCAAGCUAAACGGCUCAUCUUAUCAUCCUCGUAAACGCGUACGUCUCAUCCCUGCUCCCUUUGCGCCUCUUCCCACGGCAAACGACCCGAGCUCGACAUGGUGGUCCUCUGUUCAAUCUGACUCAUUUCUCGCCAAUGGACUUCCAGCCCUUCCCCAGCCUUUCGCUGCAUUGACCCUCUAUCCGCAAUCCCAGCCCACAGCGUCCUCAUCACAAUUUACAAGGCCCCGCAAGCGACGGAAACUCCGCCCCCAAUCUAUAGCAAAGUACAAGGACAGAGAUACUCCCGCGCCCAACACCCUCCUCAGUAUUAUGAACACGAACAUUAAAACUCUCAAACGGGUCCGACGUACGCAUGCAAAGUUUGCCGCGCUCAACCUUAACGCAGAAGAAGGUGGCAUGGGGGAUGAGCCGCCAGAUAUAGGGGAAGAAGGCAUGGUUGACGAGGUUAUAGAUGAGCGGCCUUGGCGAUCGAGAUAUGCUGGUCUUAGACAAGUGAAGGGACCAGUUGAACUAGAAGUUGGUGAGAAGAACGCUGACGAAUGUCUAAAAUGGAUGAAUCGGAAGGUGUUGGAGCAUGAAGGAUUCCAAGGGACAUCAGGUGCUGCACUGGAUGUGUUGGUAGGGGUAACGUCCGAGUAUUUUCUUAACGUCGGUCGAACGCUACGAUUUAUGUGCGACAAGUAUGCGAAGAGCAUGACGCCAGAGGAAAUCAUCCUGCAUACACUCUUCGAGAGUGGAGUCACAAGAAUCCAAGAUCUCGAGCGGUACAUCAAGGACGAUGUCGUCCGGCACGGUUCACGCCUUGUUGACCUCGAGAAAAAGCUUGUUGGAGCAUACCGCGAAGCUACGCAAGUAGAAGUUCUCGAUGACGAUGCGCUGUUUGCUGGUGAAGACGACGAAGAGGACGAAAGUGCCUUUGUCAUGGGUGGGUUUUCGGACUCACUUGGUGAUGACUUUCUCGGAUUACGGGAGCUUGGCAUUGCUGCCGAAUUGGGAUUAUCGAGUCUCACUAUCCCAAAGAAGCUACUCAAAGGGAAAUCACGGGGAGCAGCAGGGGCCGCUAUCGAAGCAAAACCCAAAGAACCACCACCGCCAUAUCCACCACCACCUCCCUUACUUCCUAUCACGAGCAAGAAUGUGGGCGACCAGAUUGGGUUAUUGCGUCACUACUUUCAAGUGCGGCUUGCAUCACUCGCACCUCCUGGCACCCUCCAAGGUCUUCCUUAUCUCCCACCGGGCCCUCAAUUUGGUUUCCUUCCUCACCCUGGCGUUCUACCAUUACCUUAUGUACCAAAUUCGUCAGGCGAUUUCGCACGCAUCAUCACGAUCCCAGACGAUGCACCCGCACCUGCACAGGCAAAGCUUGGACCCUUGGGUCAGGUACUCAAGACAGGCGCUGCUGCAGGGGCUGUCAAGAAGAAGAACAAAGCGAAGGAGCCAGGACCAAUGUCAGGGCCUGGUAUGUCGGAUGCCGUUCCAGUGGAACCGAUGCGUGCAUUCAAUGGGCUUGGCCCGGAGGGCAAAGAUGUUGGCGGAACUGGAGCUGGCAAUGGUGGCACUAAUGGGUCGAGUGGAGGGAGCAAUGCAGCAGGGAGUGGAGGGACCUUAGGUAUGGCGGGAGGAAGCAAGAAGAAGCCGAGUCCACAAGGGCAGGGCAGGGCGAUGGAGCUUCCGCCUGUCAUUGCUGCGAGCGCGUGAGAGAGGGUGGUGCUAUUACAUACAUACUUACACUUUAUAUUCGCAUGGUCAUUAGCAUUGCUGUCCGUACUGUGCAUUUGUGGAUCAUACACUAUACCUGUAGCAUUAUUCUAUGUAUUGAACUGGACGUUGGAUUCGUGCGUGGGUCGCGUGCCAAGUCUUGGAACGUUACCUGAUCCUAAAUAUCAUCGGAUACGCCGAGAGGUAUGCACUGCGCAUCGAUAACUUGACUCAUACGCCUAUGUCACAUUUCCGGGACCGUCGA